UUUCUCCGCAUGGAGACCAAAACCCCCGCACUUCACUUGACGUAUGCGAUGGUGAAGUCAGAAUCUAUACCCAAACAUUGGCUUUUGUCGGAAUCGCACAAAUGCCUUUAUUGAGAAGCUAUCUCCUCUCUCUGUAAUAAAACAUCGAUUGGCACAAGUCAGUAUCUAUACCCAAACAUUGGCUUUUGUCAGAAUCGCAUAAAUGCCUUUAUUGAGAAGCUAUCUCCUCCCUCUGUAAUAAAACAUCGAUUGCCACCUACACGUUAUUCUAUCAACAGAGCCAAAAAAGAAGAGGAAACCCAGAACUCUCUCUUUCGAUAUGCCAGAAGGUGAAGGUACAUCUGAAGCUGAGCCCCUUUCUGCUGAUGGGAAUAACACUUGUGAUACCUCACAAAUUGCUGAUAGUGGAGAGGAACCCACCUCUAGACCUCUAAAUUCUGAGAAAGAUCCGAGAAAAAUAGCUAGAAAGUAUCAGUUGGAACUAUGCAAGAAAGCUUUGGAGGAGAACAUAAUUGUCUAUUUAGGGACUGGUUGUGGCAAGACCCACAUUGCUGUGUUGCUUAUUUACGAAUUGGGUCACUUAAUAAAGAGACCUCAGAAGAAUGUAUGUGUUUUUCUUGCACCUACGGUUGCCCUCGUUCACCAGCAAGCCAGGGUUAUAGAAGAAUCUAUUGAUUUCAAGGUUCGGAUCUACUGUGGGAGCUCCAAGAGCUUGAGCCAUCAUGAUUGGGAAAGAGAGAUCCAACAAUACGAGGUUCUAGUCAUGACCCCUCAGAUACUACUGUAUGCCUUAAGUCACAGCUUCAUCAAGAUGGAGUUAAUAUCUCUGUUGGUGUUUGAUGAGUGUCAUCAUGCUCAAGUCAAAAGCAGCCAUCCCUAUGCACAAAUCAUGAAGGUCUUCUACAAAACUAAUAAUGGAAACCUUCCUCGUGUAUUUGGCAUGACUGCAUCUCCGGUUGUGGGGAAAGGUGCUUCUAAUCAAGAAAAUUUAUCCAAAAGCAUCAAUAGCCUUGAAAAUCUACUUGAUGCUAAGGUUUAUUCAGUUGAAGACAAUGACGAUUUGGAAAGUUUUGUAGCAUCUCCUGUAGUUAAAAUAUAUCGAUAUGGUCCUGUUGCAAAUGACAUGUCUAGUUCCUAUAUGACAUUUUAUAGUAAAUUGGAGGAGAUAAAACGCAUGUGCAAAUUGGAACUUCAUAAGAAGGCAAAUGAUUGUCAAAGUCUUCAGGGUCUUCGAAAUACCAAAAAGGUGCUCAGUAGAAUGCAUGAUAAUGUGGUAUUUUGUUUGGAAAAUCUUGGCCUUUGGGGAGCAUUACAAGCUUGUCAAAUACUUUUGAGCGGCGAUCACUCUGAGUGGAAUGCACUCAUAGAAGCAGAGGGAAAUAUCAGUGAUGAUUCUGUCUGUGAUAGAUAUCUGGCUCAGGCGGCAAAUUCCUUUGCCGCUGUUUGUACAAAAGAUGGCAUUGCAUCUGAUAUAUCUGCUGCAGAUACUUUAAGUGAGCCAUUUUUCUCGAGAAAGCUUUUAUGCCUUAUUGAAAUUCUUUCCACCUUCAGGUUGCAACCAAAUUUGAAGGGUAUAAUAUUUGUGAAUAGAAUUGUAACUGCAAGAUCUCUUUCAUACAUAUUGCAAAAGCUCAAGUUUUUAACGUCAUGGAAGUGUGAUUUUCUUGUCGGGGUUCACUCUGGACUGAAGAGUAUGUCUCGGAAGACCAUGAACAGCAUUCUUGAGAAGUUCCGAACUGGAAAGUUGAAUCUAUUGAUUGCAACUAAAGUGGGUGAAGAAGGACUUGAUAUUCAGACAUGCUGUCUUGUCAUACGCUUUGAUCUUCCAGAAACUGUUUCUAGCUUUAUACAAUCAAGAGGACGUGCACGAAUGCCUCAGUCUGAAUAUGCUUUUUUGGUGGACAGUGGCAAUAAGAGGGAGCUGGAUCUAAUAAAAAGCUUUACAAAAGAUGAAGUUCGAAUGAAUGUGGAAAUUUCUUCAAGAACAUCUAAUGAGACAUUUGGUUGUCCUGAAGAAAAUGUAUAUAAAGUGGAUAUGUCUGGUGCUUCCGUCAGUUCUGUAUAUAGCAUCUCUUUGUUGCAUCAUUAUUGCUCCAAACUUCCUCAUGAUGAGUUUUUUGAUCCAAAGCCAAAUUUCUUUUAUUUUGAUGAUUUAGGGGGAACUAUCUGCCGUAUAAUAUUACCCUCAAAUGCUCCUAUACAUCAAAUUGAUGGUGCACCACAACCUUCACAAGAAGCUGCUAAAAAGGAUGCUUGUUUGAAGGCCAUUGAACAAUUGCAUAAACUGGAUGCAUUAAGCAAUUAUCUUUUGCCACAACCUUCACAAGAUGCAGAUGAGUCAGUAUUGGCUUCUUCUGAUUCUGACGAUUCUGAAGGUGAGGAUUCCCGAAGUGAACUGCAUGAGAUGCUUGUUCCUACUAUAUUGAAGGAAUCAUGGACUAUCUCAGAGAACCGGAUCCAUCUGCACGCUUACUAUAUAGAAUUUUGUCCAGUUCCUGAAGACAGGAUCUAUAAGAAGUUCUGCCUUUUUAUUAAGGCACGUCUGCCCCUCGAGGCUGAGCAAUUGCAAGUUGAACUUCACUUGGCUCGUGGCAGAUUUGUGAAAAUAGAGCUUGUCCCAUCAGGACCUGUGGUAUUUAAUACAGAUGAGAUUACAAAGGCAAUGCAUUUUCAAGAAAUGUUCCUCAAAGUCAUUCUUGACAGAUCAGAAUUCACUUCAGACUUUGUUUCCUUGGGUAAGAAUUCUUCUUCUGAAUCAAGUCCUGCUUUCUACUUGUUGCUUCCCAUCAUUUUGAGUGGUCGUGGAAAUAGAGUGACGAUAGACUGGGAGAUAGUAAGAAAAUGUUUAUCAUCUCCUGUUUUCAUGGGUGUGGAAGAAGAAAGCCUUCCUUCAAAUGUUCACUUGCAACUUGCUAAUGGUUGCAAAAGGAUGAGCGACAUUGAGAACAGUUUAGUGUAUGUGCCACACAAAAAACAGUUUUACUUUAUUACUAACAUUGUACAUGGAAAGAAUGGUCUCAGCUCACAUAAAGGUUCAAGUGCUCAAAACCAUAUGGACCACCUAAUUCAAACGUUUGGCAUUCAACUUGAAUAUCCUGAACAACCUCUUCUUCGUGCAAAACCGCUCUUUUGUUUGCACAACUUGCUGCACCACCGUAGGCAAGAGGAUUCUGCAGAAAUUCAAGAGCUGGAAGAAUACUUCAUUGACUUGCCCCCCGAGCUUUGUGAGUUGAAGAUAAUAGGCUUCUCUAAGGAUAUUGGGAGUUCAAUUUCUCUAUUACCAUCAAUCAUGCAUCGUUUGGAGAAUUUGCUGGUAGCUAUUGAAUUGAAGAGCUUAUUAUCUGAUUCAUUCUCAGAGGGAGCUGAAGUGACUGCCUGUAGAGUAUUAGAAGCACUCACUACUGAGAGGUGUCAGGAGCGACUUUCUCUUGAAAGACUUGAAAUUCUGGGUGAUGCUUUUCUCAAAUUUGCUGUUGGACGACGGCUUUUUCUUUUGCAUGAUACCCUUGAUGAAGGGGAGCUUACAAGGAGACGCUCUAGUGCUGUAAAUAAUUUGAAUUUGUUGAAACUCGCAUGUAGAAAAAACUUGCAGGUAUAUAUACGUGACCAACCAUUUGAUCCCUGUGAAUUCUUUGCUUUGGGCCGUCCUUGCCCUAGAAUUUGUACCAAGGAAUCAGAAGGAAGCAUUCAUUCUCAAAAUGGAAACCAUGCGGCAGGUCAAGCAAAAGCCAGUCAAGUCAGAUGCAGUAAAAAUCACCAUUGGUUACAUAAGAAAACAAUUGCUGAUGUAGUCGAGGCUCUCAUUGGAGCAUUCAUAGUCGAUAGUGGCUUUAAAGCGGCAACUGCAUUUCUUAAGUGGCUGGGCAUCAGUGUGGACUUCGAAGCUUCAAAAGUUAUUAGGGUCUGCCUAGCAAGCAGUAGCUUCAUGCCACUUGCUCCUCCCAUAGAUAUUGUUGCCCGUGAAAAUUUGGUGGGGCAUCAGUUUCACCAUAGAGGAUUACUUCUACAAGCUUUUGUGCAUCCUUCCUAUGGCAAGCAUGGAGGAGGCUGCUAUCAGAGACUCGAGUUUCUUGGAGACGCUGUCCUGGAUUACUUGAUUACAUCAUAUCUGUUUUCAGUUUAUCCCAAGUUGAAGCCUGGUCACUUGACAGAUCUAAGAUCGGCGUUCGUGAACAACAGAGCCUUUGCCAAUAUUGCGGUUAAUCGAAAUUUUCACAAAUUUCUUAUAAGUGAUUCCAGCAACCUUUCGGAGGCAGUAAAAGCUUAUGCGGAGUUUGUUAAAACAGCAGCAUCAGAUAAGGCUUUGUUUGAAGGGCCAAAGUGUCCCAAGGUACUUGGCGACUUGGUAGAGUCUUGUCUAGGUGCCAUUCUUUUAGACACAGGAUUCAAUUUGAACCAUAUCUGGGAGUUAAUGCUAUCUUUCUUGGAUCCAAUUUUGAAUUCUUGCAAUGUGCAAUUGAAUCCUUUUAGAGAACUACAAGAACUUUGCCAGUCCCAAAAUUGGUGUUUGGAAUUUCCAACAUCAAAGAAGGGCAGAACCUUUUAUGUUGAAGCAAAAGUAGAUGGUAAAGAUGUAUGUCUUUCUGCUUCUGCAAGUAACUCAAACAAAAAGGAGGCCAUUAUAAUUGCUUCAGAGCAAAUAUUUGUGAAGUUGAAGGAACAAGGCUACAGUCGGAAGUCUAACUAUUUGGAAGAAAUUUUAAGGUCCAGCCAGAAGAUGGAUGCCAAAUUGAUUGGAUAUGAUGAAAUACCCGUUGAUAUUACCGUCACUCUUGAUACGGAGCUUGGAAACUUGAAACUCCAAGAUUAUAGUGGCAGUGAAAUUCAUUCUAUGAGUAAACUGAGUAAUCCUUCUCCAGCCCAAAUUGUAGCUGCAAGUACACAGCCUCUCUCUACAUUAGAAUUUGCUCCAGCACAGCUUAGUAGAAGCAUCACACGUCUUGAAUCUGGCACAACCUCAUUGACAACAGAUGAGCCAAAUCAUGGAUCAGCAAAAUCACAUUUGCAUGAAAUAUGUGCUGCUAACUGUUGGAAACCUCCUUUGUUUGAAUGUUGCUUCGAAGAUGGACCAAGCCACUCGAAGUUUUUCUCUUACAAGGUGGUUGUGGAAAUAGAAGCACCUGAUAUGAUACUGGAAUGUUUCGGGGCAUCCAGGCCGAAAAAGAAAGCUGCGGCAGAGCAUGCAGCAGAAGGAGCACUUUGGUACUUGAGGACAGAGGGGCUGCUUUAAAGCAUGCUAACACUGAUAUGAUCCUUUUGCCUAUAGAACUUAGAGGACAAGUAUCAGUUUCGGCAUAACCAGCAUGGCAAUGUGAUGGAUGUAUACCAGGACAAGAGGGCAUGUGAACCUAAUCAUUGAAGAGAACAAAAUAUGAUAUUUGCAUGGAGGAUUAGGCCUCCAUUUCAAUAAAACUCUUUCUUUUUAGUUUUCUUAUUAAGGACCUCUGUUAUUGUACAAGUAAAUUCAUUAAUGUUUUAAUUAACAGCAUAAAGCAUAUUUUAUGAAUAAAUUGGUACGUUUGUUAGAAACAAAAAUGUCGUGAUAGCAAAUGAUGUAAUGAACUUAAUUUAAUUACUAAAUUAUAAAAGUGUGCAAGAUUUCAUA